AUGACCCCCUAUGCAUUUGAACGGGAAAAUGAAGAUUGGAUGGCGCUUCGGAGCCAGUUUCGCGCCAACCAAGUCUCGAGCCGUACUGUUCUACUAGUCAAAACGGGGGACGAUUCCCACCUUUCCUCCCCGAUUAGCUUCCUGCCCCUCUUCGAAGCUGGUCUGACGCUCAACGUCAACCGUGAAGAUUACCAGGAUGAAGAGGAACCGAAGGUCGUCCGGGUCAAGAUAGAUGAUGCCAUUUCGUUUAUCUGGGAUCUCCUUACGAGGGAGAUGAAUUGCAACAAAGCGAUUAUUAACUUGGCUGAGACUCUGAGACAAGAACAGGAUGUAUACUGUCAAGCUUGGGUCAGCAAGGUUGUGGAGCAUGCCCAGGAAGUCGGGAUUGAUGUUAAUGGCUAUUCUUGGCAAGCUAUUCGGCGUGCUCUGGCAAGGAUGAAUAGUGAAGUAUUCGAUGAAGACCAGAUUAACCCACAUUGGGAGACGUUGAUUUGGUGGAAGUGCACUGGGUAA